UCUUAUCCUUCCAUUGACUUCUCUUUUUAUUUUUUAAAGGCUCCUUUCCCUCCCACCUUAUAUAGCCACAGCUCAUUUAAGUGUCUUAAAUAACCCAUUUCAAAGUUGGUAAUGGCUUUGCAGACUGCUGCUUUGGUUCCAGCUACUUUCACCCUACCCAAAGAGGGAAAAUCAAGUCCAUCUUUCAAGGAUUCAACUUUCUUUGGGGUCUCACUUUCUGAACAUGCCAAAGCUGAUUUCAGCUCUUCUGCAUUAAGAUGCAAGAGGGAAUUCAACCCAAGAAAUGGAGCUGUGAGAGCCGAAACAACAGCUACUGCAACUCCAGCAAUCAGCAGAUCUGCGGUGGAUGGCAAGAAAACUCUAAGAAAGGGUAGUGUUAUCAUCACCGGUGCCUCCUCCGGAUUGGGUUUAGCCACUGCUAAAGCCCUGGCUGAAACUGGGAAAUGGCAUAUUAUCAUGGCUUGCAGGGACUUUCUCAAGGCUGAAAGAGCUGCAAAGUCUGCUGGCAUGUCUAAACAAAACUACACCAUCAUGCACUUAGAUCUCGCCUCAUUGGACAGCGUCCGCCAAUUCGUCGACCGUUACAAGCGAUCGGGGAGGCCUCUUAAUGUGCUUGUUUGCAAUGCUGCUGUUUACCAGCCAACUGCCAAGGAACCCUCUUUCACAGCUGAAGGAUUUGAGCUUAGUGUGGGAACUAACCAUCUUGGUCACUUUCUUCUUUCCCGGUUGUUGCUUGAUGACCUGAAGCAAUCUGAUUAUCCUUCAAAGCGUCUCAUUAUCGUUGGUUCGAUUACAGGAAACACGAAUACCUUGGCCGGAAACGUACCUCCCAAGGCCAACCUUGGGGAUCUAAGGGGACUUGCAGGGGGACUAAAUGGGCUUAAUAGCUCAACCAUGAUUGAUGGUGGGGAAUUUGAUGGUGCCAAGGCAUACAAGGAUAGCAAAGUCUGCAAUAUGCUCACGAUGCAAGAGUUCCACAGGCGGUUCCAUGAGGAAAGCGGCAUCACAUUCGCUUCCCUUUACCCGGGUUGCAUAGCUACGACAGGCUUGUUCCGGGAGCACAUUCCGUUGUUCCGACUCCUCUUCCCUCCAUUCCAGAAGUACAUCACCAAGGGCUUUGUCUCCGAAGACGAAGCUGGAAAAAGACUAGCUCAGGUUGUGAGCGAUCCGAGCUUGACAAAAUCGGGUGUAUACUGGAGCUGGAACCAGAAUUCGGCUUCAUUCGAGAACCAGUUGUCUCCUGAAGCCAGUGAUGAGGAGAAAGCACGCAAAAUAUGGGAGCUCAGUGAGAAACUUGUGGGGUUGGCCUAAAAAUUUGGAGGCAUGAGAUGAGAUGGUUGCCACUUGAAUCUUUGCUUAUAUAUUGCGCAGGGUCUGAUCUAAUUGAUUGAGUGUAGAGCUUGGAUUUGGAUGGUGUGCUUGCUGUUGUUAAAAUUUCUUCUUUUGUAGAAUGCAGGUGAUUGGCCUUUGUCAAUAUGGAAUUUGUGCAAUGCAAAAGUAAUAAGUUGCCAAAAUUUUAAGCCA